AUGAAAUACCUUCUAGGAUUAUAUCCACAGAAUAAACCUUUUUCCGGAUUGGGCUCUAAACCGGCUCCCGCACAACCUAAAGCAGCUGCUCCAGCUCCACCAAAAGCUGCCGCCCCCCAGCCAAAAUCCCCAGCCCCGGCUCAACCAGCUAAAACUCCAAUUCAGCCAAAACCUGUCCAACCUCCAACAAAAACACCAAUUCAACCUAAAACUGCCCCACCCCCAGCAUCGCCUACCAAAACUCCAAUAGCUUCAAAUAAUCCAUCACGUCAAGCCCCUCCUUUGGCUAAAGAGCCAGAGCCUUUAGAGCCACCAAAGCCCAUUUUGGCACACGCACCUUUUCAACCAAAAAAUCCAAAAGCAGAAAACCAUUCUUGGCCGCCUCCUCAAGAAGAAGAAGAUUUAAGUAUUGAGGGGGGAAAACGAAACAAAAUUUUGGAUGACAAUUCUUGGCAAGUACAAAAACGAAUUCAAUUAGAAUAUCAACCUAUUCAGCCAACAAAAAUUCAACCUCCAGAAUUGGAUUAUGAAGGGGAAAUUAAGGCAAACUUUUUAUUUUUUAUUUUUUUUUCAAAAUUUAUUUUAAAGAGAACAAUAGUUCCUCAACCUGCUGGUUAUUCUAAAAUACAGUGGAAUGAAUUUCCUGAAGAGGAACAAAAGGAAAAGCAAUCAGUCCCGCGUGUAAAAGCUCAGGAUUGGGUACCUGAAAAUGAUGCUGAACAUCCAGUAUUAAAAACAAUAUAUCAACCGGGAAGGAUUGCCCCAAAUCCAACAUCUGGCCGUUUAUGGCCCCCUCCAGGUUAUGGAGAAGAGGAAGAAAUUGAAAUUGGGCAUGCCAACAAAGUAAAAACAAUGGGGGAUGAUGACUGGAAACAAGGGGAAGGAGAACAAUUACAAAAUGGGGAAGAGAAUAGUGUUGGGAAUGCCCCUUGGAGUAGACAAGCUGCUGGGGGAAAUGUUAAAAAUGUGCAGUGGCCUCCUCCCGAGAAUCAGUUGGAACAUGGAGAAUUUGGUAGAGGAAAAUUAAAUGUGCAAUGGCCUCCCUCUGAAUUUGAAGAGCAAGAACAAAAACAGGUAAAUUAA